CCCUCUCCCGCGCGGGCAAGCUCCGUCCCUCCUCCUCCCAUGGCGUCCCCGCGCACGCCCGACUCGCCCCGCGGCCUCAUCUUCGCGCCCUGCGACGCCGACCUCGUCACGAUCUACCUCCAGCGCAAGAUCUCCGGGUCCCCGCUCCCCGCCGCCGCCGCCCGGUACAUCCACGACGCGGACGUGUACGCGGCCGAGCCCGCCGCGCUCGUCACCGGCCUCCUCCCCGCCUCGGCGAGCAGCGACGGGGAGGGCAGGGAGUGGUACUUCUUCACCUCCGCGCGGGCCCAGAGCAGCCGGGGCACCCGCAGGUGCCGCGCCGUCGCGGGCGGGGUCGGCACCUGGCAUUCGGAGAAGGCGCGGUGCGACGUGCUCGACGCGGGCGGCGCCGUCGUCGGGUACCGCCAGCCCUUCACCUACGAGCCCAAGAACGGCUGGCUGAUGCUCGAGUUCAGCCAGGAAGACCCCCGCCCCGGCGAGGCAAUGCCCGCCCUCUGCAAAAUCUACCAGAAGCGUCGUGCUGGCCGGUCCGCCUCGAAACCCAUUUCGUCUGGGUCGUCGUCGAUGUCGGGGUCCAAGAGGAAGGCGGCGGCCGCGGGCGAGCGCUCCGGCGUGAGGCGAUGCCUGCAGUUCCGUCCGUCUCCUGCCGCACCAAAUCCGCCCACCUUGGUUGCCACAUCGGAGAUUCAAGAAGCGUUCUUGCUUCCAGUCGAGCGGCCGCAGGCAGAGCAAGAAGAGCAAGAACCGCCGGUACGCAGAGCACCCACAGCCACACCGCUGAUUCCCAGCUUCUCCCUGACCUUCGACCGCACCGCCUUCCUCCGCCCCGCCCAAGAUUCGCCCACGCCAGCGAAUUCGGACCUGAGCGACACGUCGACGGCACGAUUGGGCAAUUACGAGUUCGUCUCACCAGCCAGCUCCGAGCUGACCGGCUACAAUGCCACGACACCCUUGAGCGAUAACACCGGCGCUUGGGCCUUCCAGCCGUCCGCCCUGACCUCCUCCAAUGGCACCACCUCCCUCCUCCCUGGCCAAGAUUGGGCCACGCCAGAGUCGUCACAAGUCAGUGAGGCAUCGACGCUGGAGAGCUACAGCUGCUUCUCGCCCGACCACGCCACAUCCAGGCCCACCACACUGCCGAUCAGCAACGGCACCGGCUAUUCUUGGUCUUUGCCGCAGUACAGCGAGCUAUCGGCAAUUUUUGGCGCCUGAUCGAAUGCUUUGAUACGCUUCCAUGCGGAGUGUGGGUCUGCCUCCUUUAGUUUGUAGGGAUUAUUGGCCAUACUCCAUUGUUCUUGCUAGACUUGUUCAGUAGCAACUCUGCUUUUUGUUCGAACUGAGGCUUGGUUCAGUUAACUGACAUCUUAGCGAUCCUCCGGGGAUGUAACUGGGAUGCACACAGCACAAGUAGCUGUGGAUCCUUCGUUGUGCACUCUUCCUAUAGCCUUUUCCAUAUGAUUUUGUGUCUCCUGUGCCUAAUUUUUCUGAUUGCUGUGAUCGAAUUCAGUGAGCAUUUUUUUGUUGCUUUUGGCCCAGUGAAGAGUAAAUUAGGCCAGGUUUCCUUGUAGGAUUUUUCAAAUGAAGAGCGAGUGAUUAUCCUGAAGUGUUAGUUUCCGUGUCUCAUUAUUGCAGGAUUAAUCCCUUUAGCAGAAGCUGAUGGCCUUUUUUUGUUCAUGUUCCCAUAUUUUGUAUAGUUUACAUUUCUCGUAGCUGAAUGUUGUUUGUUUUGCUUAUAUAUCCAAGAAAAAUUUAUGGUAUCCACAUGCUAGGUGUUGAUAUGGUUUAGUACAAGAGAGUUUAUUUUUUAGGCCUCCAAUUGAUUUAGUUUUUUAGAUUGCUGUGUUUUUGUUGCCACUGCACACACACUGAAUAAUUCAGAAAUGGAGAGCUUCUUGUUUACCUGGCCCUCGUAGCGUUAUAAGGUGAAGGACUUUUUAUCCAAGGGGCCUCGUAGUUUCCUAUUCAUCAUGUUUUUGGGGUGAUGAUUCUUAAUGCGGUCUAUCCUUCAUUAUGAAGUGACAAACGAAGCAGCACAUCAAGCGAUUUGCACGAUUUCACCCAGUUGGUUAAUCUGGGUAGAACAAUGAUUUUCCUUCGCGUAUCUGAAAAUGAACAAGUUAAGUGCUCUAAGUGAUCCUUACAUAGUAUAUAAUUGGUAGAGCCCCAAUAUAAGUGAUACUUCGAGCUAUAUAAUAUGAGUAGAGCCUGAAUAUAUAACUAGUAGAGCCUGGAUAUAAUUAUCUUUUUUUUUUGUCUGUCAAUGGCAGUUCAUUCUGUUCUGGUUUGAAUUAGCAAUGUACCUGUACCUUCAAUGAUGUUUUACUUUGUCACUCUUUUUUUUGAGGGAAAUUUGUUACUCUACUUAUCUAUUACUGUUAUUGACACAACAAAGUCAUGCCAUCAAUAGUCACUCUUUUUUUCACAUUCAGAAACAAUGUAGAGCUUACUGAAGUAAAACAGAGUAUGUUAUUAGCUGUCAUAAUGUUCAAGUCAAAGUUGUCUUGUUUCAUAUCACUGACUGCACCUUUGGCCGUGACACGUCAAGAUAAGUGUUCUAUGUUGUAUAUCGCAUCAGUUCUCUGAAUUUCAAAUAGUACCUAAACCAGUUGAUCUUAUAUCCUAUUAAUGUAGCUUCUUUAAUAAAGAGCCGUUCUUGUUUGUUUGCUGUUGUUUCUUAUCUUUUCUUACUACACCCCCUUAAAAAUUAUCUGGAUCUUAAAGCAAUUUUUGAAGGGUAUUUUCGUACUUGCAUUGUGAUGGAUGUGUUACAAAAACUCAAAAAUUUCUUUGAUUCUGUGCAAAAUAAAAUCUGCAUGUGUUCAAAACAUGUAAAUUAGAGUGUGUGAUUUGGUCUAGAAAUUAUUUGAUUUGCUAUAGAAAGAAGAAUCAAUGUUUGAAUCUGAAUCUGUAAUCUUCCUAUAGCCUUUUCCAUAUGAUUUUGUGUCUCCUGUGCCUAAUUUUUCUGAUUGUUGUGAUCGAAUUCAGUGAGCAUGCUAGGUGUUGCAUGAUUUCACCCAGUUGGUUAAUCUGGGUAGAACAAUGGUUUUCAUUCUGUGUAUCUGAAAAUGAAAAAGUUAAGUGCUCUAAGUGAUACUUACAUAUAUAAUUAGUAGAGCCUCAAUAUAAUUAGUUCUACUUCGAGGUAUAUAAUAUGAGUAGAGCCUGAAUAUAUAACUAGUAGAAACUGUUUUUUUUUGUCUAUCAAUGGUAGUUCACUCUGUUCUGGUUUGAAUUAGCAACGUACCUGUACCUUCAAUGGUGUUUUUUCAGAUUCAGAAACAAUGUAGAGCUUACUGAAGUAAAACAAAGUAUAUCUUAUUAGCUGUCAUAAAGUUCAAGUCAAAAUUGGUCUUGUUUCAUGUCAUUGACUGCACCUUUGGUUGUGACAUGUCAAGAGAAGUGUUCUAUAUUGUAUAUCCCAUCAGUUCUCUGAAUUUUCAAAUAGUACCUAAACCAAUUGAUCUUAUAUCUUGUUAAUGUAGCUUCUUUUUUGGUCUAUCGGCGUCGGUUCAUUCUCUUCUAGUUUUCAUUUGUGCAGGCAUUGAGCUUUCCAAGGAGGAACGAGGCCUUAGAUGAUUCAUUGUUUUGUUUUUCAGCAGACAGUUCUCCCCCUCCAUUAUUACUACUCCCUCCGUUCCCUAAUAUAAGACCUUUUAGCUAUUUCAAAAUAUUGACUACAUACGUAUUAAAGUGAGUGAACAUACACACUAAAAUGUGUCUAGAUACAUAUGAAUCAAGAAAAAGUUAAAAGGUCUUAUAUUAGAGAACGGAGGGAGUACAUCAUAAUGAACUUUUUUGUUUUACUUUUGCAAUUCACGCGCCUUCAUUUGUUCAUUUGUGCUUUUUCUGAGGCAGGAAUGCAGUCCGUGAAAUAUCUGAAAAGAAAUUUCAGCCACUUCUGAGGACUCCUCACUAGUGAACAAAGUUUUUGUUCUAUAUAUUCUCUGCACCCCGCCCCACCCUCUACAUUUCAUACUAGCUAGAUGCAAAAAUGCAUUACAUUUUAUCCUGGUUGCUAUGGGGCGUGUUUUCUUUCUCUGCGAUGUUUUCUUCUUAAAGCGUCUAUUUAUUUUGUAGGCUAAAAAGAGCAAAGUAGAUGGUGUAGGCAGGGAUGCUUUUAGCAGAUUUUCAGAUUAGCACUUCUCGAAAGUGCUGAAAAAUCUGACUCCAUACCAGAGCGCUGCUAUUGGUUCAGGUUUGGAUGGCUCCUUGUGUAUGGGAAGCGCGAAAUUCCGUCAGAGUUUGCCAGAUGGGUGGCUGAUCAGAAGAUGCAGGGGCCGCAGGCACCCAAACAGGGUUGUUCCUACCUUAGUCCGCAGUCACGAAGAUGCUGAAUUCCAUGAUGUCUUGAUCAACUUAUCCCCCUUUGGGCACAUAAAUUUGUCUUGGUCACCACACGGGCCUUGUCAUUCACUUUGUUUUCUGACCUUUUUUUUCUAAUAAUAAAGAGCAGUUCUUGCUUGUUUGCUUA